CGAGAGAAAAAAGCCAGAAAACCAGGACACAAAAUGUCAACCCCGCCAACAACCUCAACCUCCACCUCCCCCCCAGCAAAGCGUCAGAAGCCAUCCAACGGCGAACGCACGGGCCACCGGUCUGCAUAUCGCUCGGAUCUAACACGCCAGGGCCUCCCGCAGAAGAAACACUACCGACAGCGCGCGCACGCAAACCCGUUCUCGGACCACCAAUUGGUGUACCCUCCAUGCCCCGCUGACAUGGACUGGAGCAAGCACUUCUCCUCCCCCAUCUCCACCUCCACCACCACCCCUGAAGAGAAAAGGGUAGAAGUAGCGGACAUCGGCUGCGGCUUCGGCGGCCUGAUAAUCUCCCUCCCAAAGGUGCUCCCGGGCGUACGCAUGCUGGGCAUGGAGAUAAGGACGCAAGUGACGGAGUACGUCGACGAGCGGAUCCGCGCGCUGCGACGCCUAGCCGGCGGGGAAGCGUACGCGGACGUGGGCGUGAUCAGGGCGAACGCGAUGAAGUUUCUGCCCAAUUUUUUCGAGAGGUCCCAGUUGCAGAAGGUGUUCUUGUGCUUUCCCGAUCCCCACUUCAAAGCUAGGAAGCACAAGGCUAGGAUUGUAUCGCCUACGCUGGCGAGCGAGUAUGCCUACGUGCUCGCGCCUGCUGGUGUCUUGUACACCAUCACCGAUGUGGAGGAUUUGCAUCACUGGAUGGCGAAGCAUUUCGAUGAGCACCCGUUGUUUGAGAGGUUGAUUGGGGAGGAGGUUGAUGGCGAUGUGUGCAUUGCUGUGAUGAGGACCGAUACCGAGGAGGGGAAGAAGGUUGAGAGGAAUGGAGGAAGGAAAUUUGUGGCGUGUUGGAGGAGGCGGGAGGAUCCCGAGUGGGUGGAGUAGGUUGUUCCCACACAGGAUGAUGAAUGGGUUGAUGGCGUACUAUGCUGUGCUAUGUUUGUGUGAGGCGGUUAUCCAAAUAUA